AUGUUCAAUAGGCCCGACGGUUCAAGAGACGAUUCAAAAGGAAAGUCACAAACGGAGCGAAAGAGAGAUUGUUUCUAUCAUAUCGAAUAUCUUGUGGACAAAGACUAUUUCGUGGAGGAAGUGCUCCAUCGUAUGGAGCCAAAGGAUAAAUGUGUGGCUGAUGUAGGAUUUUAUUUGUACCAAGAUUUGGCGGAACAGUGCAGCAAGGACUUCGCCAACUGUCUGACUAAGGGCCUGUGCACGAUUGGGACCCGAACAGAGCCACCAAAUCUUCCCAAAAGCAUCCGCACCAAAAUGGUCACCAAACUGGUCACCGACGUAGUCACCCGACUGGUCAACCGGACGAGCAAGCUCCCUUAUGCCGAAAUCAUUGUAUGUUUAAAAUCCUAUUAUUUUACCGGCGAAUACCUCAAACUCAAUGACAACGGUCUCUACUGUUGUGUGGUUUGCGGCGAAGAGCUGUUCCCAUCGGACUCCAAGUAUGACAGCGGCUCCGGGUGGCCGUCAUUUCACAGUCCCGUCCACACCUCUAAAGUCAAACUCACUGUCGACUUAUCGCACGGUAUGGCCCGGACUGAGGUGUCCUGCGCCCGGUGUGGCAGCCAUUUGGGGCAUGUCUUUAAUGGACCCCAGACCACUGGCAAACGCUAUUGUAUUAACUCGGCAUCACUUAAGUUCCUGGAUGAUAAUGGUCAUGGUGAUCACCACCACCAUAAGCCAUUGGAAACGCUGAAAAACACGACUGUCCCUAUGAAACGGACAGACCUUUGA